AUGAGAGGUGACUGGAGGUUCUCGGUCGAUGCCGUGGAGGCGGUUCUAUGGCGGCAGGAAGAUGACGACGACGGUGGCGUUAUGGCGGCGAAUGGCGAAGAGGUCGGGUGGAAGUGCUGGCAGCACCCGUCGCAGCCUCGCUACGGCGUCUGCCCCGCUUGCCUCCGUGACCGCCUCCUCCGUCUCUGCCCGGAUUGCGCCCGCAUCCGCCCCUGCAUUUGCGGCAGCUUCGCCUCCUCCUCCUCCUCCUCCUCGUCUUUUUCUUCCCUUUCCUCCGCCGAGCCCAUCAGAUCCGGCUCCCGGAGGGGCGACGGCGCGGAUAUCGGAGCGGUGGGACCUGUUUCGCGGCUCAUCGAGAGCGAGCCGGCCUUCAUGCGGUCGCGAUCUGUCGGGUUCCGGCUUCUCAGAUCGAACUCCACCUUCGGCGACGUCGAGCCACCGCCUUCGAGAUCGCGUGGAUUCAAGAUUUGGGCGCCGUUCUGGAGGCGAAACGAGCCGCCGGACGACACCAAACAGCCUAAUCUGCACAGAUCGAGGUCGGUGGCGCCUGGGCGCUUGCCGGAGCCAGGCGCCGGAAGGGAGGCGGAGGGAAGAGCGAAGGGGUCGCGAUGGCACUUCCCGAUCCCAAUCAAGGCGUUGCGAGGCAGGAACGCGGCGGCGGCGGCGAUGAAGGAGCUGGCACGAUAG